AUGAUGUUACCAAGCCCGGUCACUUCCACCCCUUUUUCAGUCAAAGACAUUUUGAAUCUGGAGCAGCAGCAGCAGCACUUCCACGGCGCUCACUUGCAAGCGGACCUGGACCACCACUUCCACGCAGCGCCCUGCAUGCUGGCCACAGCCGACGGGACGCAAUUCUCUGACGGAGGGGAGGAAGACGAGGAGGAAGAAGGGGAGAAGCUGUCCUAUUUGAACUCACUGGCCACGGCCGACGGCCACGGGGAUUCUGGGCUCUGUCCGCAGGGCUAUGUCCACGCAGUCCUGCGAGACUCGUGCAGCGGGCCGAAGGAACACGAAGAGGAGUCCGAGAUCGUGAGGGACCGGAGCCAAAAGAGCUGCCCGCUGAAGAAGCCCCUGGAGGCGGCGGCGGGGGACUGUAAGGCGGCCGAGGACGGCGAGAGGCCGAAGCCGCGCAGCCGCCGGAAGCCGCGGGUGCUCUUCUCGCAGGCGCAGGUCUUCGAGCUGGAGCGCCGGUUCAAGCAGCAGCGGUACCUGUCGGCGCCGGAGCGCGAGCACCUGGCCAGCAGCCUGAAGCUCACGUCCACGCAGGUGAAGAUCUGGUUCCAGAACCGCAGGUACAAGUGCAAGAGGCAGCGGCAGGACAAGUCCCUGGAACUGGGCGCGCACACGGCCCCGCCGCCGCCGCCGCCGCGCCGCGUGGCCGUGCCGGUGCUGGUGCGGGACGGCAAGCCGUGCGUGGCGCCCGGCGCCCCGGCCUACGGCGCGCCCUACGGCGUGAGCGCGGGCGCCUACUCCUACAACGGCUUCCCCGCCUACGGCUACGGGAACUCGGCCGCGGGGGCGGCGGGGCCCCGGCGGCGACCGCGGGGCUGCAGCCCGCCUGCAGCGCGGCCGGCGGCGGCCCCUUUGUGA